GUGUCUAAUUUUGUUUUUUAAUUCUCCUGGGUAACGCUUUAUGGCGUUUUGUAAUCUUAAAAACACGAAAUAUAUUUGUUGGUCUGCCUUUUUAGCUGAUAUUAAUUUACUAUGUUACUAAAGAAGACUCGUUGGAUAAAUACAGCGUCGCAGUUGAGAAUAUGAGUCGUGAACUUGCCAUUCACAAAUUGUAUAUGACUGGAGCCAGAUUUACAUUGGCUGAUUUUGGAAUCAUUGCUUCAUGAGGGCGUGGUUUGGUCUUCGGAUGUCGAAGCCAAUCAAUAUUCGCGUUCAAUUGCUGGUCUUAUCGAAUGCACAUCAGAAUUGAUUUCGGGAGCUUAGCUAUGUCCGAUUAUUCCUGUGGACACUACCUGAGUUUGGAUUUAAUGGGACAAUUGAGCAUCACCUGCAAGUCUCAAAGUCGUGGGAUUUUUUUUAAGAUCCAGUCGUGCAACAGUGUAUUCUGAUCCACAAUGUCGGAAGCAAGCGCUUUGUUUGGCGUGCUGUCAACAUCAGAUUCCAGACAACUGAACCAAUCUGCCUUCUGUGAAAUCCACAAGGACUUUCAGAAUACGUUUCUCCCAGUAAUUUACGUCACUGUGUUCGCGGUUGGUUUCUCCGCGAAUUGUUUGGUGCUGGUCUCUUUGUCCUUGAAAUUGAGAAAAUGGACCAGCUUGGACAUGUUCUUGUUUAACCUGGGCCUGGCUGACCUCCUGUAUGUCAUCACUUUGCCCUUCCUGGUGGUGUACUACGCCAAUGGACACCGCUGGACGUUCGGGAAAGCGUUUUGCAAAAUGACGAGGCUCCUCUUCCACCUGAACCUGUACGGCAGCAUCGGAUUCCUCACUUGUAUCAGUGUGCAGCGAUACCUGGGCAUAGUGCACCCCAUGAAGGUGCUGGGCAGGUGGAACCGCCGCCGCUCGCUGCUCAUCAGCCUCCUGGUCUGGGGGCUGGUUCUAGCCCAAACCUCGGCCGAUCUCCAUUUCACCAAGACCAACCUCAAUGGCACCAAAUGCCAUGACACCACCGUAAACGAGGAACUCACAGACUACCUGUUGUACGUGCAGGUUAUUACUGUCACUGGAUUCUCCAUCCCUCUCCUCACCAUUAUAGCAUCUUACUGUCAGAUCGCUGUAGUUCUCAGCAGGAAAAACGAUCUGAAUAAUACUCUGAAGGAACGUUCCAGGAAUCUCGCGAUCGUUGUAAUGGUUGUAUUUUCCAUUUGUUUUACACCUUAUCAUGUUUUGCGUUAUCUUAACUUAAAUUUCAGACAUUUUCAAUUGAAAGGUCUUUGCGCACGGAAUACCAACACCGUUUACUUGCUUUACCAGAUUGCUAGAGGUAUGGCCAGUUUAAAUAGCUGCAUUGACCCUUUGGUUUACCUUGUAGCCAGAGGUGACAUGCUAACUAAAGUGAAAACAUUCAAGAACAGACUACAUCUGCCACUCACUUCGCCUAAAUCAACUAAUUGUAGAAUUCCUCAAAUGAUUUUAAUCACAGACGAAAUGGUCAUUCGUAAGGAGACAGCUGUGUAAACCAAUUGACAAUUGGUAUGUUUACCCAACAUUUCUGUUGAAUCCAAAGGGCAUGUUGAUACAAAGCAAUUUGGUUUCAUGUUUGGAGCAACAGACAGGAUAGUUCCUUCAGUUACUGACGGCCACAGAACUUCCACGAAAUGUUGCAUUGAACCUCAUAAUGAGCGCAGAGCCGAAUGAGCACUCUGCCUUCACAUAAAAUCUGAGACUUGUGUGAACAGGACAUUGUGUGAAUCAUUCUGCAGCAUUGUUAAUAAACAGCAUAGAAACUGAGGCAGAGCUGCAGUUAGAUUUAUAUAAGGUCAAAUCAAAUACAAAAAGUUAGAGAAAAAAGAUGGAAUUUAAAAAGACUUGACGGAAGGAUCCUUUUCUAAAUGUCAAUAAAUGAGACUCUAUUCGUGUAAAAGGUACUUUUCAGUGCCAGAGAGUAUAUUUGGCAGUAUGACUUACAGCACAAUUAAAAACACGCUUACGAUUGAUUGAAUAAUGUUAACCAUUCAGUAGUGAGUUUUCUUUUUGGAGGGUUUAUCUUAGAAUCUUUCAGUCAAUUUUAAACAUUGUUGUCAAAACCACCAGGCCAGAAAGUCACCAAAUUAAUAGGAAUAUACAAAGGAGUGAAAAUGUCUGGAACUGACCUCCACACACAGACAGGUCAAUUCAAACCUCAACAUUGAAACUCAUUACCUGGAAUAUAUAGUUCAGACUGAGACCUUCAAAUGGCUUUGGAGACAAGGCCAUUUGACUACAGGUAUUGCUGGAAAAAUUGAAAAAUAACACACCUUUUUUUUAAAAACUCAAACUCUGUCUUAUCAAAACCAGGAGGGUAAGAGAGGAACUUACUUACCCUUUCAGACUUGUUCAUAUCAAAGUUUCUUCAGAAUUUACUCUCUGAUUUCUUGGUGACUAUCUUAUACAGAUAACCAUUAGUUUUAUACUUCCCUCUACAAGAAAAUCGUUCAUCACCUUAAAGCUAUCUAUUGUUGACCUGUCAAUCUUUUCAAAAGACAAAAAGAUCCAGCCUAUUCACACUUUCUAAUGGAUAAGUUUAAAUUUCUAGUUUGAAUACCAUCUUUGUUGCAUACAUGCCUCUGUAGCUCGCUUUUAUUUAAUACAACAACCUGAGCUAUACACAAUAUAGUCCAAUUGAGGUUCAUUACCAUUUAGACAUAAAUUCUCUACUUAAAAAAUUUUAUUCUUCAACAAAUGGGCAUGAAGACUGUGAUUGCUUUUGUACCACUUUAUUAGCAUAUUAGUGAUUAUGCAUUUCAGAUUCCUUUGAUCAGCCCAUUUAGAUUCCUUUUCCAAGUAAUACAUGGCCUUUUUAUUUUGCUUAGCGAAAUGUAAUAUUUCAGACUUACCUGGAUCAGUACACCUCUCAUUCUCCUUCCUCCUCCUUCCAACUUUUCCAGUCAUUCUUUCAGCCACUGUCACCUUGACUCUGAAACUCUUCCCUAAAUUUCCUUCUCUUCAUCUCUUCUUUCUCCAUUUUCAACAGGAAACUGUUUUCAAAUGUUCCUUUCCCUAACGCCACGUAUCAUGCUUUCUCUUCCAUUUGACAGUUCUUUCAUUUUCGGAUCUGUAAGAUACUAUGGGCUGUUUCUGAUUUGGAAGCAUGAUAUACUUAUACAUUGUUGUGAUAGUGUACACCAAAUGUUUGCCUCACUGGCAUAACUUGUAUGAUGAUGUACACUACUGUUGUACAUUAACACAUGGGGAACAAUGUAAUAUGAAAAUUUAUGUAUUCUUAGAGUACUUAGCUCUGAUGAAAUUAGUUUUCUAAUAUCAUUACACUGUACAAUUUAUCCCUAUUUACUCUUUAUUAGAGCUGACGUUGAACAAACAACCCUAUACAUUUUCAGUGAGACUUUAGGACCAAAUUUUCUAUCGGUGUUUACAAAAUAACAACUUGCAUUGAUAUAGUGCUAGGUUUGGUUUCAACAGCAUAAUGAGGGAAAUCCAUUCACAUUAUCCAUGCUGAUAUGGAAAAAAUAAACUCUCGUCAAUAUUUCAUCAUAUCAGGUCCAUCUCUAUAGCCACAAGUCCUAAAGUUUUUUUUUCUAUUUUUCCCUAGUUACUCACUCUCUUAAUAGUGAGUAAGUAAGCUGAUGACAUUUUCUUUCCAUGUAGUGAUUUUUUAAAUGGAAAAUACACACUAGCACAAUUGGAUAAUUGAAAGAACAUCUUUUUGAGUAAGUCAAUUGCAGACACCAGUCCACGAAAGAAAGAUCUGUACCAAAACCCAAAUCAUCGUUGGUGCCACUAUACUGUAGUAUGAGCCCAUCAGAAAUCGUUUGUUUGUAAGUUCUUUUUUUAAAUGGUCAUAUUUUUUUUUCUCAGGCAUUUAUCUAAUAUAUCUUAUUAUUCAUUUUUAUGUCAAUAUUCCAUAUUAUUGUCCCACCAUAAAACAAAUUAACACAAAUUCACUUGCUAAUGAUAUUGUACGUACUAAAAUGAAAUAGUUCCAAUGCAUUGUCAAAGUUGCAUUUAUGACAUAAGUUUAAAUGUAACCACAGAAACCCAACACUUAGAACUAUUUUUGCUACAAAUGGAUAACCUAAGUUUAGGAAUUUUUUUAAUCAUAGUUUUAUAAUUAUUUGAUUAAUCGUGCAUGUUGUAUUAAUAGCUCAGAUUCUGCUGAGGUAUUGAGGUAUUAUCAUAAUGAUAGUGUAAAUUACAUCUUUUUCGUUCAAGUGUUGUGAGCUUGAGGAUGAUAAGCUGCCUUUUUGUAUGGUUACAAUACU